AGACGUUUUUGUUUUAAGUUCAAAGCUACCGGCAAAAUCUUACUUCAACAUAUUGCAACGGAACUUGGAAAUGCGAGUAAAGCCAAAUACCUGGGACUUAUUGUUGAGCCACCGGGCGAAUUUCCGGAGUGGAUGGAUCUGAAUGCAUCACUUGCAAAGGAGAAAGCAGAAGCCUACUCUACUUCCAACUGCGUCAUGAUUUGGCGGUGGGACGUCUGCUUGGUAAAGAAAGAGACCGCUGCUUACUUGUUGCUUAUUCCGUGCAAUGUAGAAAGCAACAAGUUGGCAACAAAUUUAACAGUAGCCUUGGUGUUGCUGCCUAAAUCACCUUCCCGUUGUGAACGAAAGGCGGCAUAUAAGCUGCCGAUUUGCAUUUUAGAUGAAGGAGAAUUAAAGAAAAUUCCAAGGGAAAGACUACCCCAGUGUUCAAUCCUCAGGACAAAAUUAACAGCUUACAGUUUGGACAGUUCAAUGCAAAACCAAAUUAAGGAAUAUCUUUUGGAAAAUUAGGAAUCCAUGCUAAAUUAUGAAUGUGACCGAAAAAAUGUUGUUGUGACCAUCAAAACGCGGGACGUUGAAAAGAAAAUCGGGUUUAAAUGCCACUCCAGAGCAGAAGCUGUUCAACUGUUCAGGCGUUUAAAAGAAGCGUCUCGAUUCUACAAAUCGACAGAUUCAGUAGCCUCAGAGUCCUCUGUCGGCUUCAGCCAGACUUGCCAGGUUACUAAAAUUCCUGCCCGUUCCCGGCUUCAGAGAUUUUUUGCUCUCUCUAUACCCGAAAUGCAUUGCAACAAUCAAACGGGUGUCGCAUGCGAGGACUUUCCAACGCCCACAAAUGACCACAGUUGCUCUCCAAACGGGCUCCCCAGUGUACCCAUGAUUUUAGUUCAACCACCGGAACCGGACGACGGAUCGAAGACGCCCACUGCAGACCACGGUCUCACCAAACCCGUUGAGUCAUCAAGUCAAGAGCCGACUGGCAGUUUAUCGGCUACCCUCUUAUCGACAAAUGAAAUGCACGAUGCACCAUCAGAUGCUACAAAGCCUGGGGAUCUCAAUCGUGAGGUCGCCUUUGAAGUUAAGGCAACCCAAGACGCCCGAGUGGAAACGGGGGAUGGAAAAAGCAAUCUGCCUGGAACACAACCGACAUGUUCACCAAAUUCAAGCUCUCAUGACAAUUUUACAAGUGUUUAUACGCCGUUUGGUGACGCAACAAAGAUGAGAUUCUUCUCGGACCUCGAAAAUGACCGAGUUGGUUUGGGAGUGCUUGAUUUUAAAGUAUCCACCUACAUGACAUCAAUCACAAUCCCACAAACUGGCACUUCAAAGGGAGUCGAUCAACCAUAA